CCUGGCCGCCAUACAGCCCAACCUGUGCUCGGUACCGUGUCAGUGUCUCUCUCUCAGAGAGAGAGAAAGAUGGUCUCUGUCUCUGUCUGUCUCCGUCUUUUCUUUUUUUCUCUUCAGUCGAAACUUUCCCACAUUAAACACUUGGACCAUAAAAGGACACGGAGAUCUGUGACCCGCUCCUGAAUCAGCACUUUAACCCGAGGAGGAGCUCCCCCUCCCGGGCCGGGCCCCGCAGACCGUCCGCUCUCACCGAGCUGACCCGGACCUCCACCUGCUGCUGCUCCGCGCGCCUCCCGCGCAAACCGAGCGCGAGCGCGAGCGCCGCUCUCAGCCAUGGGACUCCGCCGAGGACCGGAGCGUCAUCACUUUUUGGCUUUUCACGGUUUUUUACCGGAAAAUACUCGGGUUUUUUAGCCGCUGUGGAGGCGAGAGGACAGCGGAGAGAGGAGCCGACAGAGACCGUCAUUUAACUGCAGUUUCUGCGCGUUAUACUGAGUCAAAGUGAAUCGUUAACGAAACCGUUAAAGUGGUUUUGAAUUAAUCUUUAUUGUCACAUCUUCUGUUUCUGGAGCCACCAUGAGUCUGUGGACCAACGACUCCUCCGCGGAUCUUUAUGCCGGGACGCAGCCCCCGCCGUCGGGCUCCAACUUCUCCUCCAACCGCUCGGACGGCUCCUCGCACCGCGGACACUCCGGCGCCGCCCCGCUGGACCUGAGCCGGGCGGUGCCGGUGGGCAUGGUGCUGGCCUCCUUCAUCAUGUUCGCCAUCGUGGGGAACAUCCUGGUGAUCCUGUCCGUGGUCUGCAACCGACACCUGCGGAUCCCCACCAACUACUUCAUCAUCAACCUGGCCAUCGCUGACCUGCUGCUGGGGACCACCGUGCUGCCGGUGUCCGCCACCCUGGAGGUUCUGGAUUACUGGGUCUUUGGUCGGAUCUUCUGCGACAUCUGGGCGGCAGUGGACGUCCUGUGCUGCACGGCGUCCAUCAUGUCCCUGUGCGUCAUCUCCAUUGACCGCUACGUUGGCGUGCGCUACCCGCUGCAGUACCCGAUGAUCGUCACGGAGAAGCGGGCGCUGCUCGCCAUGCUGGGCGUCUGGGUCCUUGCCAUCGUCAUCUCCAUCGGCCCCCUGCUGGGCUGGAAGCAGCCGCCAUCACAGGACGACACCAAGUGUCAGAUCACCGAGGAGCCCUUCUACACCCUCUUCUCCUCCCUCGGCUCCUUCUACAUCCCCCUGGCCGUCAUCCUGGCCAUGUACUGCCGGGUCUACAUCGUGGCCAAACGCACCACCAAGAACCUGGAGGCCGGCAUGAUGAAGGAGCGUCAGGAGGACUCCAACGAGCUCACCCUGAGGAUCCACUGCAGGAACCAGCAGGCCACGAGCUCUGUCCUGGAUCCCUCAGCAGGACGCAGCACGCUCUCUGUCAAACCUCAGUUCUCCAGGGAGAAGAAGGCCGCCAAGACGCUGGGCGUGGGUGUCGGCAUGUUCAUCCUCUGCUGGCUGCCCUUCUUCCUGGUCCUGCCCAUCG